CGAGCCAUCGAAGACUCAUCUUAUUCCACAUUCAUAGUUGUACUCUACACACUUCGAUAUUUUUCUCAAAAAAACACUAGUAUUCUUCUUCAUUGUUUUUCAAUCUGCUUGAAAUUUUUCAUAAUGGCGGCGGAACAAAUUCUUGUUAACGGGGUCACUGAGAUCAUUAAGAAGGUACUACCUGUUAUUGCUCAACAGAUUUCUUCGGCAUGGGGUGUAAAAGACGACUUAAGGAAGCUCAAGGAUACCCUGGAGUCAAUUCAAGCUCUAAUCUCUGAUGCUGAGAAGAAACAAGUAAAUUAUGAUACUGUGAAACUUUGGUUGAGAAGGCUGAAAGAUGUUGUUUAUGAUGCAGACGACGUUAUGGAUGAGUUCGCUUAUGAAACCAUGCGUCGUCAUGCAGUGGGAGGCCAAUUUAAACACAAAUUACGAGCUCUCGUUUCAUCUUCCAACCCACUUGUAUUUAAAUUCAAGAUGGCACGUAAAAUUCGAGCCCUCAAUGGAAGGUUAGAUCAGAUCUACAAAGAGAGUACAAUGUAUCAGUUGCAAAAUACUAGUAUUACCCAAGACAACCUGACUAUGGUUCUGCGAAGUAACCGAUUAACCUCAUCCGUUGGUGGUACUGAUUCAAUAAUUUUAGGGAGGGAGAUUGCAAAAUCAGACAUAAUAAAGAUAUUGAUCCACAAGUCGUCACCAUCAUUACCGUCGUCAUCAUCUGGGAUUUCUUCUCAACCGGAGAGUGUAUCCGCUUUAUCCAUAGUGGGUAUGGGUGGACUGGGUAAGACUACGGUAGCUCAAAUGGUCUACAAUGAUGACUCUAUCAUGGGAAACUUUGAGCUAAGAACUUGGGUUUGUGUCUCUGAUCCUUUUCAUAUCUUUAAGAUUCUAAAAGAUAUCAUCGAAUCCAUUACUGGAAAUAAAUGUGAGGAUUUAUCAAAUGUCGAUGUACUGGCAAAACAAGUCAAGGAAAAACUGAUCGGUAAGAAAUAUUUGCUAGUGCUCGACGAUUUGUGGAAUGAGAACGCUACGUAUUGGGAAAAUCUGAAGAGCUACCUAAGCUAUGGCGGCAUCGGCAGCAAGAUAUUAGUCACUACACGCAGUCGAAAUGUUGCAUCUGUUGUUGGUGGUGAUGUUCGUGAUCUUGAAAAGUUAUCAAAAGAUGCUUGUUGGUCCAUUAUUGAGAAGAAAGUAUUGUCCCGUGGUGGAGCAGUAUUGACAGAUCCAGAAAUGAUUAGUAUUGGCAAGAAUAUAGCAGAAAAAUGUGACGGUCUACCUCUUGCAGCGAACUUACUUGGAAGUUCAAUGUGUUCCAAAAGAGAGAAAAGCUAUUGGCGGUCAAUUGUAGACGACAUUGAUCGAUUGCGAGGUACACCUGAACAUAAUAAUGUCAUUUCAAUAUUAAAACUGAGCUAUGAUAAUUUAUCGCCUCCUCUGAAACAAUGUUUUUCAUACUGCUGUAUUUUCCCGAAAGAUUGGAAAAUAAAUAGAGAAAUGUUAAUUCGAUUAUGGAUGGCAGAAGGAUUCCUUUUGUCAUCAAGUGGAGGAGAAAGUAUAUCUCUUGAAGAUAUUGGUAAUGAAUAUUUUGAGUAUUUGGUGUGGAGUUCGUUCUUCCAGGAUGUGCAGAAGGAUCAAGAGUCGGGUGACAUUGAGACAUGUAAGAUGCAUGAUUUGGUGCAUGAUCUUGCAACGAGUGUUCUAGAUCGUAAUGAAUUUAGAAUUGCCAAGGUAAGAGAUGACAAGGAAGAUGUUUCAGAAGUUCGACGCUUACAACUGCUAAUUGAUGAAGGACAGAGUUUGGCAUCUCCUACAGUAUUAUCAAAUGCUGUGAAACUGCGUACAAUUGUUGCUCUUGAACGAAAGAAUAUUUCGCAUGUCAGUUCUUUCUUUCAGUGUAGGCGUUUACGCGUACUAUGUCCUCUCGGUGACUGGUAUAGGUGGGAUACAUGCACAUUCUCUUCUAGGAGCAUGUCUGCUUCAUCGAUUUCUAAGCUGAAGCAUCUGAGGUACCUUGACCUCUCUGGCUACAAUUUAUUUUAUGAGGUAUCUUUAAAUCAUUCUUACAAUCUGCAAACACUCAUACUGAGAAGAUGCAGAAGCGUUUCUAGCUGUCUUCUUAAUAAGAUUGGAUCUUUGAAGAGUUUGAGGCAUCUUGAUAUCUCGAAGUCGGAUAUUAAACAUUUACCCGAAAACAUUGGGUCCUUGGAACAUCUGAGUUUCCUUGAUCUUUCACAUACAAAUAUAUCAAAAUUACCGGAUUCAAUUAUCUGUAUCAGCAAUCUAAGGACGUUGAGUUUCCGUGGUUGUUAUAAUUUAGAUGGCUUACCAAGUGAGCUAGGAGCACUGACACGAUUGAGGUGUCUUGAUUUGCGUGGUACUUCCAUCAAAGAAUUGCCUGAAUCAUGCAUUAGCAACCUCUGCAAUUUGGAGAUUGUGAAACUAGGUAGUGUGUGUGAGCUUCCAAAGGAAAUUAAGAAUUGGCCGAAAUUGAGAAUUUUUGCUCACUCUAGAAAAGAUGAUGUAAUGCCUAGAGGUAUAGAAAGGCUUACCUGCCUUGAAACAUUAAAGUCUUACAUGGUUAGACAAGAAACAGAGGUAUGUGGAAGUCCCGGUAAUAAGAGUUACGGUGGCAUUGAAGAGUUGGCAGGCUUAAACUCCCUUGAGGUAUUGAAGAUCAUAAAACUUGAAAAUAUGAGAGGUGGAAUAGAAGAUGGAGAAACAGCAAAGUUAAAGGACAAGCAACAUCUUCUAAAAUUACAUCUGGAAUGGGGUUCCACUGUUGGUGAUGAUGACCAAGUACGGAGUAGUAGAAGUGUAAAAGAUACUGCGGUGUUGGUGGGUCUCCAGCCUCACUCAAAUUUGAAGAAAUUGAGCAUCAUAGGGUUCUCAGGUUUAAACCUUCCAAAGUGGAUGAUGGGUUGUUCAUUAUCUAACUUCCUUCCGAAUUUGGUGGAUUUAAGUUUCAUAGAUUUGGAUAAUUGUGAGCAGCUUCCAGCUCUGGGCAUGCUCCAAUUUCUUAGGUAUCUUGGGAUCUUCAGAAUGAAAUCAAUCAAGUGUCUGGGUGAAGAAUUCUAUUAUCAACAAGAAAACAGAGAAGAAGAAGAAGAAAGCAGUAGUAGUGAUACUGCAAAGAGAUCCUCAUUAUUCCCUUCCUUAGUUGAAUUGAGUAUGAAUUGGAAAACUUAGAAGAAUGGGUUGCUCCUCCUCCUCUUUCUUCUUCUUCUUCUUCUUGUUUUCCUUCACUUGGAGCGAUGGAAAUCAGAAACUGUAAACGAUUGAAAAUCAUACCAAUAAUUUCGUUUUCUUAUCUGAAGACAUUGAGAUUAUUGGGUACCAACGAUAAUAUGGUAAACUCAUUACUGAAUAGAACAGGAGGAGAAGGAUGUCUACCCUCUCUCACAUCCAUUGAAAUAUGGGAUUCUCCAGAUCUAAUAUAUUUACCACCAUUGGGCGCACUACUCCAACGCGGUACUCCGAAUCUUGGGUUCCUUCAAAUUAUGGAUUGCUCAAAUUUUCAAGGUUUUCGUGAUGAUGGUGAUAAUCGAAACAACAACGACAAGAGUUCUAUUCGUUCACUGUGGCUAGAAAAGUGUCCUGCUUUAACAUCUCUACCGGAUUUACGAUUAUGUACUUCUCUCCGGGAAUUAACAAUCUGGAACUGCGACAAACUGAAGAAUAAGGAGUCAAUACCCUAUGAUCUUAAGAAGUCCCUCACGUUUCUUGAUGUACUCAAAGUUGAUUUCAUCCAAAGAGACGAGGGUGUUCCGGAUGUCUCUUUUUCGGAUGAUUUAACUAAUUUGAUGGAGAAGAAGAAGAAGUAGAUUUGGUCGAUGGGAACUCAUCUCUUCUUUUAGAAUUACCAACAGGUUGGUUGGAUCGAUGGCGAGGAAUCAACAAGCAACCAGGCAUGCUUCUUAAUUUUGCUCUUGAAAUUCUGCAAGCAGUGGGUAUUGUAUUACCAAGUAAGGAUUUUCAAGCACAAGAAAUAGUCUCACAAAAUUGCUAAUUUUGGAUCUGAUGGAACGGAUAGGCUAGUAAAAUUGGUGCAGGAAAUGCAACACUCUAAAGUGUCUAAAUCUGAAAAUGGAACUCUGUUUGGAGAAAAGAUUACUGGUGGAGGCUCCGGUGGCUCUGUUUGCAUACUAGGAAGGAAUUCUGUCUACGUGGCAGCGAACAGAUUCUAGAGAUUCAGCAGAAGUACAAAUUAAGCUGCCACAGGAUUCAAGCUAUUUGUUUUUGAAGGUUCUUCUCCGGGUGCUGAAGAGUUUGGGUAUCUGAAAAUUCGUCGUCGUUUUCCACCAACAGAAGCCUAGUUCUUUUCCACCCUCCUUUAACAAUCUGAGGCACUUUUGAGUAUUCUUUUUCAAUCUGAUUUUACUAUUCGUUGUAGUAAUUAAGAUUUCAAUUCUUGUUAUUAGAGAAUGGAAUUAUCUGAGUUGCAAGUUGUAACCCUUCGUUUUGUGAAAAGGUUGUUAUAUAUGUUUUACAAAACCAUGCGUUCUCGUGAACACAA